AUGACCGGCGAGAAGCUCCGCUCGCUUCGCAGGGACCACAAGCCCAGCAAGGAGGACGGGGACCUGCUGGCGGCCGGCGAGGACGAGGCGGCCGCGGCCCCCGGCGGCGCCUUCACGGGCGGGAAGGGCGGGCGGGCCGGGGGGCACCGCGGGCCCGGCGCUCACCGGCACCGCCCGCCGGCCCGGGCCGCCCCCGUCGGGCCCGAGCGCGGCCCCUUCCCCGUGCACGAGUGCGUGUUCAAGGGGGACGUGCGGCGGCUCUCGGCGCUCAUCCGCACGCAGGGCAUCGCCCAGAAGGACAGUCACGGAAACACUCCUUUACAUCUUGCUGUGAUGUUGGGACAUAAAGAAUGUGCCCACCUGCUUUUAGCCCACAAUGCUCCAGUAAAGGUGAAAAACGCUCAGGGAUGGAGCCCUCUGGCCGAAGCCAUCAGCUAUGGAGACAGACAGAUGAUUUCAGCACUCCUGAGGAAGCUCAAGCAGCAGUCCAGGGAAAGUGUUGAAGAGAAGCGACCUCGGUUAUUAAAAGCCCUGAAAGAGCUAGGUGACUUCUAUCUAGAGCUUCACUGGGAUUUUCAAAGUUGGGUGCCUUUACUUUCCCGAAUUCUGCCUUCUGAUGCAUGUAAAAUACACAAACAAGGUAUAAAUAUCAGGCUGGACACAACUCUGAUAGACUUUACUGACAUGAAGUGCCAACGAGGGGAUUUAAGCUUCAUUUUUAACGGUGACGCCGCACCCUCCGAAUCUUUUGUAGUUUUAGACAACGAGCAAAAAGUUUACCAGCGAAUACACCAUGAGGAAUCUGAGAUGGAGACAGAAGAGGAGGUUGACAUUUUGAUGAGCAGUGAUAUUUACUCUGCCACCUUAUCCACCAAAUCCAUCACGUUCACGCGGGCCCAGACGGGGUGGCUCUUCAGGGAGGACAAAACUGAAAGAGUAGGAAACUUCCUGGCAGAUUUCUACCUGGUGAAUGGGCUUGUGUUGGAAUCCAGGAAACGAAGGGAACAUCUCAGUGAGGAGGACAUCCUUCGGAAUAAAGCGAUCAUGGAGAGCCUGAGCAAAGGGGGCAACCUCAUGGAGCAGAAUUUUGAGCCCGUGCGCCGGCAGUCGCUGACGCCGCCGUCCCCCAACACCAUCUCCUGGGAGGAGUACAUCUCUGCAGAGAGUGGCAAAGCUCCUCACCUGGGCAGGGAGCUGGUCUGCAAGGAGAGCAAGAAAACCUUCAAAGCCACGAUAGCAAUGAGCCAGGAAUUCCCCUUAGGAAUCGAAUCGUUGUUGAAUGUCUUAGAAGUCAUUGCACCCUUCAAGCACUUUAACAAACUUAGAGAAUUUGUUCAAAUGAAGCUUCCACCAGGCUUUCCUGUCAAGUUAGACAUCCCGGUGUUCCCCACCAUCACGGCCACUGUGACGUUCCAGGAGUUCCGCUACGACGAGUUCCACGACUCCAUCUUCACCAUUCCCGACGACUACAAGGAGGAUCCCAGCCGCUUCCCGGACCUCUAACGGGGCUGGAAGGUUCCCGGGGGAUAUCCACACCUGCGUCCCGGGGAAAAGGGAAUGGCUGCACCCACAGGAGAGCGGAGCCGCGGGGCGCAGGAAGGGAUGAGCGGGGCGAGGCCGCGGCGAAGGGAAGGAGCAGCGGCGCGGAUGCGCUGGCACCGCAGCCCCUGCAGCUCCCUCUUCCCAUCGCCCUUGGCACAGCCAGUCCUGCCCCAGCUGGGAGCAGCUGCUGCUUUUUAAAUUUUUUACGCCCGUGGCGAUCCACGAGGCGCUGCUGGACCUCGGCACCGAGCCGGGGCUGGGGGUGUGAGCCCCCUCGUCCCGCCCCGUGCUCCCUGUUCCCUGAGCUCACAGCUCAGCCACAGAAUGUUGGAAGGUAUCCCCAAGGAACGCCUUGGCUGUAGACGAACGAACCAAACGGGCACCGCUGGCACCGGGAUUUCCUCCUGCGCCCCAGGGCAGAGCCAGCUGCGCUCUGCGGGGAGCAAGGCGCCUCGGAGCGCCGGCCUCACCCCUUCAUCCCCGCUGCCGCCCUGCUCUCUGCUCCCUGCCUGCCUCCCCCGGGCUUGGGGAGCGCUCCAGGCCUGCCUGGCCAGGAAUGUCACUUGGUGAUCCUGUAUUUGACCCUCACUUGGGAGAGGUGUCCCAGAAAGGCCGAGCACCAGCAGGUCAGUUCGUGUGCGCCCUCAGCAGCCUGGAGUGCUGCCCAGGGGCACUGGGAGAACUGCCCAGGGGCACUGGGAGAACUGCCCAGGGGCACUGGGAGAACUGCCCAGGGGCACUGGGAGAACUGCCCAGGGGCACUGGGAAAAGCUCAGGCGUUCCCCCUCCCUGCAGGAGCAGCUUUCCCUCCACUUGGGGUCACUGUGGUGCUCAAGGCAGCUUUCACUGCGGUGUUCCCACAUUCAUUUCCUGCCCUCUUCGUGUUUUAAUCACACAGAAUCCCAGACUGGUUUGGGGUGGGGGGAACCUUAAAGCUCAUCUUUGUCCAGCCCCCCCUUCAUGGAUGUUUCGGUACUCCAGCUCCUCGAGCUUAUUCCCGUUCCCAGUUGUUGCAGUCUCCUCAUCUAACAAUAAUCCACCUUUUUGGGGUUUGCUGGGCAAGAUUUCUGCAGAAAGGCUGAUGGUGCUAUUUGUUUGUAUGAAGAAAUUUAGAUUCAAGUGCUGUGGUGUCAUUGUACAAAAAAUGUAAAUAUUUUCCAAAUUAUAUUCUUUGUGCACUGUAGGUAAAACUUUUUCUGGAAUUCCAUAGAGUUAAGGAACAAAGUUUAUAAAUGAAGAGGAUUCAUUGAUGCUGAAGCAGAGGGAACAGCUGUGCUGAGCACAAGGGACAAGGGAAGGGCUCAGCACAGGGCAAGGUGUCAGGCACACCUGAGAGCAGGGGAUUCCGAAGUGCUGGAAUCCCUGAUCCAUCCCAAAGAGGCUGCUCUGGGGAAGGACGUGGAGGAGGCCCAGGGAAUCACUGUCAGCAAAGCCCAGGAGCUCUGGAGUGGGGUUGGUCCUUUCCCAGCACCUCUGUGAACCUGCGGAGCACUGGGACCUGUGGGAACAGGGAAACUCCGGGACACGUAGGGACAGGGGAGCAGUGCAGCUUUGUCGUUAAUUCAAACUCAAAUCCAAAGGAAAACUUUAGGGAAAACAAGCGAAGGGAAACGACUCCUGCAGUGCCGUGUCAGGGCGGGUGUGGAGCAUCCUCUGGGAAUGAUGGAACUUGUUCUCCCGAGUGAUGAUGAAUUCCUGCCGUGUUUCACACCUCUGGGAUGGACUGACACCAUCUGUGCUGCUCCUGGGAGCCAGGUGGGAUCCUCUGGGACAGACUGGGAAUGUCCAUGGGGCUGAGCUGGGGCCGGGAUCGGUGCUCGUGGGGCAGCACAGGGCUCUGUCCCCUCCCAGGGUCCCUCCAGGAUGUGUUGUGUAGCUGCAGGACCCGUGCCAGGGGUGGAGCCGAAGCUGGUGCCAUACAGGGCCCCCCACUCCUUGGGAAUUCCAGUGGAGGUGAGAGGUUCCUUCCCAAGGUGAAUGUCAGAGCUCCCUCUCCUCAGUGGCGCAGGGAGGAUCCAUGGAUUUGUGGGAUUUUUUUUUUCAUUUUUGGUUAUGCCAAAUUCGUCCCUGUCUCCAGGGGAGUGUUGCUGGGGCUGUGGGGCCACUGCCUGAUCCCAGGGUGGAUCCUGGGCUGGAACUGGAAAACAAAAAGGGUUUGGGUCUCCUCUUGUGGACUGAGGCUCCUGGUGGCCGUGGGGUGUCUGCCCAAGGCCCAGGGCCGCCCCUGGGAGUGUUUCCCGUGGUUCCUGUGGCCUCUGGCUGCAGUUCUGGGGCAUUUUAAGCCCCCAGGACCCGGCUGCUCCCUGGGACACUUCCAGGCUCUGCAGGAAGCGUUGCAGGAAGCUGCUGCUGAGCCUGGUUCUGCCUCGGACUGUGGGCACGGCUUUGGAGCUGUAUCCCAGGAACUCCCGGCUGCUCCUGCUCUCCCUGUGGAGCUGAGGGAUGGGAAUUCCCUGGAUUGCUCCCCAGCUCCCAGAGCUGCUCUCUCUCCUCCCUUCUCCCUCCUCCUGGGCUGUGCUUCCUGUCUGAACAUUCCCGGUGAGGAGUUCUCACAGUAGGGACAGCCGGGCAGGUUUCCCGGUGGAGGCACUGCAGGAAUUCUCGGUCGGAGGGACACUGGGCUGAGCCUGUGGAUCCCCAGGGGCUGCCCACGCCGAGAUCCGUGUUUAUAUCCAUGUUUUGUCCACUACAGCCUGUUUUUGUCACAGGGAGUGUGUCCGGGGUGUUCCAGCCCCAGCUGUGGGUGGGGCACAGGGUCCCUCCCCUCUCCCGUGCCUCUGGGAAAUUCCUUUUCCAAGCAGGAUUGAUCCAGCAGAGCCUCCCUUUGGCUUUUCCCAUCUUCCUGAAGGCCAGGCCGGGUGUUCCAGGAAGGUUUGGUCCCUGGGAGCGAGCACAGAUCCGCGGAUUGUGUCCGUGCAGCAGCUCCAGCCCAUCCCUGGGGAUGUCAGGGGGACCAGGAGCAGCCUCGGGACAGCCCAGCUGGGACUCCAGGGCAGGAGGAGAAGGGAGCUGGAUCAGGCUGGUGGGAAUCACAUCCCGCUCCCACCACUUCUUAUUUCCCCGAGGGUUUUUUAUGGCUCUUAAAAGACAAACCAGGAAUUUCGCUCAACCCAAUUCCGACCUCACCGCGGAAGGAUCCCGCGGGUCGUUUCUGAACCAAACUGUUCCUCUGGUCUUCCAAGCUCCUGCUGUGUCCCGUGGCAAAGGGAACAUCCCUGGUUUUCCUCUCCUGGAGCUGCUGUCCAGCCACUGCACUCCCACCACCGCACUUCCCGAUUCCUGCGUUGGAUCCGUUCGUCCCCCCGGCUGUGUUUGUGCUGGAAUCCCACCGUAUUCCACUGAUAUUCCCAGCGAUUCCCCUCUGUUACUUCCCUGUCUCUGCUCCUGAGUUGUAAUUCCCGCCAGGAGAACUGCGUUAUUUAAUCCGGAUUAACCAAUUCCUGUAAUGCUGCAGUUUCACUUUUCUUUUCCUGACAAUUUGUAAACCUCUCCUGUGUUUUCCCAUCGUCUGCUCCCCGGUUUUCUGCUCCCUUCACUCAUAGUCACUUUGGGUUGUAUCAUUUGUUAGAAUAAAGACCAAACGAUGCUGUUGGAUUUGGAAGCUGCUCCACCUGUGCAAUCCAGGCUUCCCUCUCCCGUCCCGGCGCUUCCCGGGACGCGGCUGCGCUCUGGGAGCAGGAUGGGAGGGGAGGGAAUGAGCUCCUGCUGCUGCGUUCUGCGAGGGCAUUUUCUUGGUCAUUUUUUAAAUAAAAUCCUGCAUUUUCAUUAC